GGUGGGGUUUAGAGGAAGCGGAAGUGUCAGAGCAGGCGGAAGUGGUACUGCCCUGAAUACCCUGAGCAGCGAGCGGAGGACGGCUUGAUAAACUCCCAUCGUUCAGAGAAUAAAAUCGGGAUUCCUAGUACGCUCUAAAUCCUAAAAAUGGAUAAGAACGACCUGGUGCAGAAAGCCAAGCUGGCAGAGCAGGCUGAGCGCUACGACGACAUGGCGAGUGCCAUGAAGGAUGUGACGGAGCAGGGCCUGGAGCUGAGCAACGAGGAGCGCAACCUGCUCUCUGUCGCCUACAAGAAUGUGGUGGGGGCCCGUCGUUCAUCCUGGCGCGUCAUCUCCAGCAUUGAGCAGAAGACGGAUGGGAACGAGAAGAAACAGCAGAUGGCCCGCGAAUACCGUCAGAAGAUCGAGCGUGAGCUCCAAGACAUCUGCCACGACGUGCUGAAUCUGCUCGAAAAAUUCCUCAUUCCCAACGCAUCUCAGGCGGAGAGCAAGGUGUUCUACCUCAAAAUGAAAGGAGACUACUUCAGAUACCUGUCAGAGGUGGCCUCUGGGGACUCAAAGAAGGACACGGUGGAAAACUCUCAGCAGGCCUACCAGCAAGCCUUCGACAUCAGCAAGAAGGACAUGCAGCCAACACACCCCAUCCGGCUGGGCCUGGCCCUCAACUUCUCCGUCUUCUACUACGAAAUCCUCAACUCGCCCGAGCAGGCCUGCUCUCUGGCCAAGCAGGCUUUUGAUGAGGCGAUCGCCGAGCUCGACACCUUGAACGAGGACUCGUACAAAGACAGCACGCUGAUCAUGCAGCUACUAAGGGACAACCUCACUCUGUGGACAUCAGAAAACCAGGGAGAUGAGGGCGAAGCCGGCGAUGGAGAGAACUAGAGCGCACUUCACUGUUAACCCAUCCCAACUCUCUUCCUCCUCCUUUUAUCUCUCUUCCUCUUUCUUCUCUUCUUCCUCUCUUCGUACACAUAAACAGCCCGUUCAUUCCCUCGUCCCACUUUUUCAAGCCCAGCCUCCUGACUUCCCUUCUGUAUAACCAACAGCAUGAAUAGUACCUGACCUUCACAGACAGAUAUUUAAAAAUAUAAUUUAAAAAGAAGGAGGGGGGAAAAAGAGAAAACUACUCCAUCACCCCGCCUACGAUCCCUCCAUCCCUCCUCCCACCCUCCUUAUGAUCAUGGCACUCCAAGGCCGGCCAGCAGACUCAACCUCCUGGUCAGUCUAGUCUUAUAGCAUGCAGGGAGGGUUUUUAUCCAAAACUACAAAAUGAAUCCUUUUUAUUAGAGUCCACAUCCCCCUGUUUUUACCCUCCUGGUUUAUUCUUCCUCUUCUUGUUCUUCCCUCACUCCUCUUCCCUCCUUCCUAACAUUUCAGGAUGUGCUCUCACCCUCCCGACCCUCUAAUGAGAACGCACAUAUAUAGUUGUCCACCCCCUCUCGCUCCAUUGAGUUAAUGCACUUAUAUAGUUGUCCACGACCCCUCCCCCCCUUCCCCUCCUUGCUCUAGUGAGUUAACGCACUCAUGUAGUUGUCCAUCCCUUCUCUUUUGGCUUUUCUUAGUGUACUGGCGAAUGGCUGGUUUUAUUCCACUUUAAACAAAACAUCAAAAAAAUGGUUAUUAAACUGUCCAUUUAUUUUCAACAAACACUGUGAUGCUUAGUUUUUCCUCCACCUCGCCACCAGAUCCUCUGUUUGAUGGCAAAACAACGAUAUUCAGCUGGGAGGGGGUGUGUUUGAGCAGCAGUGCAAUUCUGCUGAGGUUUAUACAGAAGGGUCCUCCUACAAGGCUGUAUUGUGACACUGACAAAUCUAAAAACAAAGUGUUUUACCUGCUGUGUAAUCAAACACUCACUGUUUUUUAUUUUAUUUUAUUUUCUAACUGAGACCCGGAGGUUUAUUCAACACCAUAUUUUCUGUUCGGAGCUAAAAACUGAUUUAAAAAUGAUUAAAACAACAACAAAAAAAAAGAGCAUACAUUCCAUCUUAAUGUUUGAGAGUUUAGACAUUGUCACCACCAUCGGGACCUGCCUGCUCCCUCCAGUCACGGUGCUGUGAGACAUCAGCACUGCUGUCCCUAAAGUUAAAACCUAAACAUGUUCAUUUCCCCUUGCGAUUGCUUUUUUUUUUUUCUUCCUUUUGUGUGUGUGUGUGUGCAUAACAAAUCAAACUUCUUUCCGGUUUUUGAGAACUGUAAAAUUGUAAAACAUUUUUAGAGCUUAACUGUAAAUCUGUCUUUUGGAAAACGGUUUGUCGAUGUUGUUCGUUAACACCUGCUUGCAAUGAAAACCUUGAAGCCGUUACAGUCAGCUGCUGUUUAUGCUUUGGCAUUUUUAACCAGAACAUUGUUUGGUACUGCCCCCCCACCCCCCACCCUACGCCUCCUUAUGCCCCCUAACUGCUUGUACUGACAAGUCUAGAAAAGUCUUUAGUUUCCACUUCGCUGCUGAAUGAUCUGCCAACAGGAAUGCAUGCCAUCAUUUAUCACCAUGUAAAUCUGCCGCGAGCGUCGAGCGGGGAAUUCUACAUUCCGUGGAUCAACACUUAAACUUCCUGUUUUCUCAUUUCCAAAAUAUGAGCGGCAGUUAGGUCAGGUAUUGUUCCUGCCACCUGAUUGUCAUGUCUACGAUGAUCAAGAUUAGAGGGUCAGACUUAAAAACAAAAGUGGAGUUGAGCGUCAGAGUUCAUCUUGACCUUGAAAGCAGGCUCAAAAACUAAACUCAGGUGACGUAAGUGGACCUUUAGAAAGUCAAAAAGUUGCAUCUUUGGCUAAAAUCUGCGAGAAAGGUGAAACCAAACUUGCCCGGUCAGGCAAGUGGGACAGAAAUCUACUCGUUCAAAAUGUAGUUUUCACUUGUCCCAACACAAAUUAUUUUAUCAUUAGUGGUUAUCAAUUGCCAACACAGACUAAAGUUAAUUGUCAUUGAAAAUGUUUUUUCUGCCUUCUCUCAAAGUUGUGGCAAAUUGCGCAAUAUUUAGUUGGAGUUUCACCCACAUCCUCGAACACCAGCCAACUAAAUGCUAGCUGCUGCUUUAGCUCUCAAAUUUUGAUUUUAACUGCCGCCAUUUUCUCUCGAGUGCCCGAUCCACACUGCGCAUGUGCAACUCUCAGCAGCGCGACGGCUCACUCUGUAGCUACUUCCAUCAUCAUCUCUGGGAAAAAGUUUCAUUCUUUUACACCGCUUGCAUGAUCGGGCAGGUGAGUUUGCUAAAUUUACUAGCCUGACGUGGCAUUUUCUUGCCCCGGAUGAUCCCUAUUGUUGAGCCCUGAUAUAUAACAGUUCGAUUCACUACUAUGUGCGAGUCUGAGACCGUUCAGGCUAAACCCAGCUGACUUGUAUAGUUAUUAAAUUUCACAAAAGAACAAAAGGAAGCAGAGAUUUUAAGUGUCACCCAUGGCGCAGUUUGAGUCCACGACAGGUACGUGCAUUGAAGGAGCCAAAUCUCCCGGCAGCCGAUCAGCCAAUCAUCUGUUUGUGGAAACCUGACGUUGGGAUCAUGGUUAAUGUGUUGAGGUUAGUAUGUAAAUAUGCGUACGCGUCGACCUUUAGAUGAUCUGUCUGACUGCAUUUAGAAAAGGGAAAACACUCGAUCAGCAGUAAACGGUACGUUUUUCCUGCAUCUGAUCUUUUACAAUAAGAAAAUUCGACCUGGCAUAAAACAGACGCCCUGUAGUCUCUCUUAUUUAAAUGUCUACGACCUGCCGAUAGAGAUGCUGUACGUGUCAAAAAGCAAAUCCCAAACUUGGAGAAAUAUCAGGGGAUGUCAGCCAACCACAGCGCAGACCUGUGAGUCUGUCAGAGCCCCAUUUUUAUAAACUUAUCCACUCAGUGUCACAAUAACCUUGUCACUAACCAUCAACAUUCCACUCUUUAGGUGUAGAAAAGUCAUGUGUCUCAAUGUUUUUUGUUUAUUUUUCUUUUUUGCUGGGGACAAAUGUUUUCAUGCACUGAAGUUUAAAAAGGUUGAAAAAAAAAAAAAUUCCUCCCUGCCACUCUUUUUCUCGUUAGCUGAACAAAAAGGCAGUUAUUCUACGCUUUAUAAGGAAAAAAAUGAUCCCAUGCAGUAGUGAAUGUGGCACCGAGCCUGUCUGUAUAUCUGGUAUCUCAAAUCAUUUUGUUUUUACUGACCAGUAUUAUGCUUAAAAUAAAAAGGAAAAAAAAAAUAAUAACCCCCCCCAAAAAAAAAAAAAAAAAAAAAAAAAAAAAAGUUUGCUUCUGUGACGGUUUUAUUGCUUAGCGCGCACGUGGUUGUGAAAAUUUAGACUUAGCUUAAGGACACCAAUAAAAAAAAAGAGAAAAUUACAAAAAAAAGUAAAACCCUUCGACACCCCCCCCCCACCCCCCCACCCCACCC